GUUUCGACACGAAAAUCAAGUCAGUCGGCCGCCUGCGCGCUGGAGUUGGAAUGAGACAUUUGGAUAUACUGUCUGAACGGCUCUGCCGGGGAUCCAGGUUGCUCGUCUGCAACGGUACGCUGUCGCUAAAGAGCUACAAAUUCAGAAAUGCGCUGCGUCGGAUGCAUCAUCUGCGAGUGGACCAAUCCGUGGACGCCAUCAUAUACGUCACUGUGGUGUUCGUCAUGUUUGCAGCGAUCAUUCUCCUCUUGGUGAGCACUAACUGCCGGCGGUUUCAGACGGAGACGGCGCUCAGGAAACCCAAGAGUCAACAGAUGGUAGUGCAUUUUCAAGAGAACAGGACCGUCGUAUCCACAGAAGCAGUACCACAGGAAAUAGUCUGAGCCAC